GGGCGGGGCUCUGCGCGGCGGGGCCGGGCGGGCGGCAGCGGCGGCGCGCUGUCAGGCCGGUGCCGGUGUGAUGAAGAUUGGCGGCAGGUAGGCGCUGUCACUCAGCGGCGGGGCCGCCGCGCGGGGGCGGGCGGAGCCGAGCGGACAAAGCGGCCCCGGGCGCCGGGGCACGUGCGGCGGGCGGCGGCGGGCGGCUCCUCCGCGCCCUCCUCCCGUCGGCGCUCCGGUGCGGGAAGUAACUUGGCGUUCCGCUGCGGCGCUCGCGGCGCCGUUCCCCUCCGCCUCUCCCGGUGCGCGGCUCCCGGCGGCGGUGCAUAGCGGCGGGGGACCGGAAUGUGACCCCCCCUCCCCCUCACCCCCCGCCUCCCUUCCCUUCCCCCUCCCCCGGUCGUUGCAACGCUGUGCGGCCGUGCGGUGCUCUCCGGCCGCGUGCGGUGCUCGCGCCGAUGGGGCCGUUCCCCGGGGGGGCCGCGGUGCGCUCCGGCUCGGCGCGUUCCCUCCCGGCGGUUGUAACCCUGGGGGGCCCUCGUGAUCCCUCCGGCGGUUUGCGUGCCCCAGCUCGGCCCGUUGCAGCCCCCCAGCCUCGUGCAAUGCACCCCGGCUGCUCGCGGUCCCUGCAGCCCGCCGCGAUCUUCCCCCGGCCCGUUGCAAUCCCCCCCAGGGGGCUGCGUUGCCCCCCAUCCCGUUGCAGCGCGCUCCAGCUGCGUGCGGUUGCCCUGACCCGUUGCAGUCCCUCAGUUCUUUGCAGUGCAUCCCGGCAGCCUGCAGCCUGCUCGGCCCGUUGCAGUGCACCCCGGCUGCUUGCGUUACCCAACGGCCCACCGCGAUGCACCCCCAGCUGCAUGCAGCCCCUCAGUCUCUUGCAAUCUUUCCCCCUGCCCGUUGCAGUGCAUCCCAGUAGCCUGCCCUCCCCCAAAGCCAUUUCAGUCCUUCCUGGCCCUUUGCAAUGCCCCCCAGUCACUUUGCAGUUCCCCUGACCCAUUGCAGUCCCCUGUCCUUUGCCGUGCACUCAGCAGCCUGCAGCCCCCCAGUUCUUUGCAAUGCAUCCUUGCUGCUUGCAAUAUCCCCCGUCCCAUUGCAAAGCACUCCAGCUGCGUGCAGGCACGCCAACCCGUUGGAAUUCCCCCUGGCCCAUUGCAACCCCUCAGCUCUUUGCAACACCCCUCAGCUGCUUGCCGUCCCCCCAGCCCAUUGCAAUCCCUCCAUCCCAUUGCAGUGCACUUGGAGUGCACCCUUGGAGUAACACAUAGGGCUCGGGAGCACCACCCCAAAAGCACCCACCCUGCUCAGUGCCAGCACCCCCGGCCAACCACCAACCUAGGGCUGAAAGGGUGGAACACACCGUUUUUGCAUCGUUUUGCCCCUCUGCACGCCCGCUCCCCUCCCCAAGGGAACCUUCUGAUGGCUGAGCAGUCCCUGCCGCGCCGCCCGCCUGCACCUCCCGUCCCAACCCCCGGAGACCUGCAGGAAUUCGGCGUCCGACCCCCAGCCGUGGCCGAUGCGCAGGUGUAGACCCAAACUGUACCAAUAACCACUGUGAGAGCCUGUGCUGGGGAGCUGUCAUCGUUGAGGAGCAGAAGGGAGCAGGACGAGAUACAGCUGUGGAUUUCCCUUUGUGGAUAUACUGGCAACGAGCGCAUCUUCAUAUUGCAGACAUAUCUCGGCUGUGACCCAUACUCAGAAGUUUUGCUUUUGUGGCUGUGAACGUUUCGUGCAGCGGCUCCUCGAGCACCCGCAGACGAGACAUCCCUGGAGCAUUGUAGUCGGCAGCGGGGAUGGGCAUCUUCGGAGAGAAGAGAAAUAUUUAGCGGUUCUCAAUGUGACUCCUGCCCAGGAUGCACCAUGUCUCCCCGGCGCCGGCUCUGACGAUGAUGGCCACCCAGACGGUGCCCCCUCCUCCCUACCAAGACAGCCCACAGAUGACGGCUACAGCCCAGCAGCCCAGCAAGGCUCAGCCCGUGCACCUCUCCGCCGCGCCGGCUCCCACUGCAGCCGUACCCCCCGCAGCCGGCGACCCGCAGGCGCAGCUGGAGGCCGACAAGCGAGCCGUCUACAGGCACCCACUGUUCCCGCUGCUUACGCUGCUCUUUGAGAAGUGUGAGCAGGCAACCCAAGGCUCUGAGUGCAUCACCUCAGCCAGCUUCGACGUCGACAUUGAAAACUUUGUCCACCAGCAGGAGCAGGAGCACAAACCUUUCUUCAGUGAUGACCCUGAGCUGGACAACCUGAUGGUGAAGGCAAUCCAGGUGCUGCGCAUCCACCUCCUGGAGCUGGAGAAGGUCAACGAAUUGUGCAAGGACUUUUGCAACCGCUACAUCACCUGCCUCAAAACCAAGAUGCACAGUGACAACCUACUCAGGAACGACCUGGGGGGCCCCUACUCCCCCAACCCCUCCUCCAUCAGCCUCCACCCUCAGGAGAUGCUGCAGAGCUCACCCGCGGCACUACCAGCCGCCUCCAACCCCCCACCGGGCAUCGUGGUGCCUGCAGCCGCACUGCCCCCAGGCAACCUGGCCAUGGGCAGCGGGGCUGGAUCGCCCGCCGUGCCAGGUGGAGCCCUGUACCAGCCCGUGACGAUGGUGACAUCUCAGGGCCAGGUCCUCACCCAAGCCAUCGCCCCUGGUGCCCUGCAGAUCCCCAACGCCCAGGUUAACCUGGAUCUCACCUCACUCCUUGACGGCGAGGACAAGAAGUCCAAGAACAAGCGGGGCGUUCUGCCCAAACACGCCACCAACAUCAUGCGCUCCUGGCUCUUCCAGCACCUCAUGCACCCCUAUCCCACAGAGGAUGAGAAGAGGCAAAUCGCUGCCCAAACCAACCUGACCCUCUUACAAGUCAAUAACUGGUUCAUCAACGCCCGCCGGCGCAUCCUGCAACCGAUGCUCGAUGCCAGCAACCCAGACCCAGCCCCUAAAGCCAAGAAAAUCAAAUCUCAGCACCGGCCCACCCAGCGGUUCUGGCCCAACUCCAUCGCUGCUGGAGUCCUUCAGCAGCAGGGUGGCAAUUCAGGGACAAAUCCUGAUGGCUCCCUCGCCAUGGACAACCUGCAGCCCCUCUCAUCAGCCACGGCCACCAUGGCCAUGCAGCAGGCCAUGCUUGCAGCUCACGAGGACUCCCUAGAUGGCACUGAGGAGGACGACGAUGAGGAGGAUGAGGACGAGAUGGAGGAGGAGGAAGAGGAGGAGGAGGAGCUGGAGGAAGAGCCCGGUGGCCUCCCGGCUGCGCCUGGUGCUAACCUUGGUUUGGACCACAGUGACUCACUGGAGUAGCUCAUCCUGCGCGCUCCCCAAAUCGUGGAUGGCACCGGAAGCGACCUCUCCCAGAAUGGCAAAAACACAGCAAGAAUAACAACAGAUUGGUGAGGACAAAGCUAACUGUGGAGGCACUGACAGAUGCCCCAUCCGCCUGUGGGCCACCGGGGCCACCACAUCAGCACAUGGCAGUGAAGGACACAUGUUUACAAGGCACAUAUUGUGGCCGGAUUUUUUUGAGGUUUUCUUUCAGGUUUUCUUUGUUUUCUCCCUUUUCCCUUCAUUUUUGGUAAGGAAAGCGUUUAUAGGGGAGGCUAUUUUCCCCACCGUGCUCGGAUGCCACCAUGGGCUGUUGCAUCCUCUUGGAUUUCUUGGUGCAAAAAAAACCCCAACCAAAACAGGAUUGAUGUAUUUCUGGGGUAAGCUUCCACAAAAAAAGGUCAUUCACAUAAAUAUUGGCAUGUGGGAAAGAAUUGCCAAGUUGCCAAUUCUGCUUCCUAUCAGAUUGGAGGAAAGUUUCAUGCUCUUGACCCACAGGAUUGCUCGAAUCUCCCUGUUUUGGCCUCAGUGCUGUGGCCAUUUGGUGACUCUACACACGACUUUCAGGAAAAGGGAGGAAGCUCCCCAAACUCUUUAAUUUAUGUGCUAAAAACCCAUCAAAUCUCAGCCUUGUCCUUCAGGGCUGAGACUGGAUGCCAAGUUGGGCUGGAUGCCAGGCUGAGCAAGACCUUUCCAGGGUGUUUUGGUACCAAAUAGGAAUAAAAUAGCAGCCUUUCAUCCCAAAUUGGAUAGUGAUUUGCCCAGGAGGAAAGAAAUUCAGAAAGAUUCUAUCUCCCCAACGUCAUCCACCUGCGCAGGAAAACAUUGGGUUUCUCACCCCCAAGUGCCACAAGCGAGCUGUCAGGGGGCAGCUGUACAAAAACACUGUGUUUGGGGGCUUUGAGUGGUAGCAAAAAGGCGAAUUCUGCCUUAAAACACGAGAAUAAAGGCAGCCCAGGUAACACAGGGCAUCUUCUCAGUUCCAUGGGGGUUAAAAAAAAAAAAAAGGAUUUUUUUCUGCAAGUUCUUCCCCAUCAGUUGGGGUUUGUUCUUCUGUAAUAAGGAAGGAUUUUGGCGGCUGCAUGAAUUGCCAUUUUUGACCUUCUUUUGGCUCUUGAAGAGUUGAGAAGAAACAGCAGCCGCAGCCAAACGGGCCGCAGCAACAAAGCGAUGCAAUGGGCAACAAAGCCUAUUUUUCAGUACUGAUCUGGCGUGAAUGUAAUCUGUAAUUUCAUAAAGGAUUCAUUGUAAUUUAGUAUUAAUUCAUGUCCAUUUAUUAUAAAGUGCUACGAGAUGA